AUGAUCUCGAGGGUAGGCCUCACGGCCGCGCGCAGAGUCGCCGCCAAGCCAUCCGCGACUUUCUUCUCUGCAAACCUCCUCCGCGCCAGCGCCGUCUCCUCCCUGCCCGCCAUCCAGCAGACCCGCGGCGCCGCCACGCAGAAGCUGACCGAGACCGACGCCCAGGAGCUGCUCGCCUCGCAGCGCCGCCAGCGGCCGACCUCGCCUCACCUGUCCAUCUACGCCAAGGACCAGACAUGGUUCACCGCCUCCAUCUGGACCCGUAUCACCGGCGGCAUCUUCAGCGGCGGCCUCUAUGCAUAUGCCACCGCCUACCUCGCCGCCCCGCUGCUGGGCUGGCACCUCGAGAGCGCCAGCAUCGCUGCCGCUGUUGGCGCCCUGCCGUUCGCUAUCAAGGGCGGUCUUAAGUUUCUGAUUGCCUGGCCGUUCGUCUUCCACCUAUUUAACGGCAUCCGCCAUCUAGUCAUGGAUGUGGGUAUUGGCUUCACGAAGAAGACCCUCAAGACACAAGGCUGGGCCAUCUGGGGUGCUAGCCUGUUGGGUGGUCUGUACCUCGGAUUCAUCUGGUAA